CUAAGCCUGCUAGAGGAACGGUCCAAUGACACCAGCAGCAGCCUAACUAAAUAUAUCAGAAACGCAAGCAUCUUGCGCGGCGCUGGAGAAUGAGACGCAGCUAUAAUGGGUGUAUAUAACAAAAAAUGAACUAUUGGAAACUUAACCGUCAAUCUUUUUUGAUUUUUGCUGCUGGUUGUAGACGUCGUUGGAGAAUUGGCAUCGUGCGGGAUUUCUAUGCUGUUCUAGUCGUUUCUACUUGUGGAUAUAUAGCAGAGAACAUUCUGUGGGAUUGAAUCACAACAGCUUCAACCAUGUCUGGCGCCUCCGUGAAAGUGGCUGUCAGAGUGCGGCCCUUCAACUCAAGAGAGACCAGCAAAGAAUCAAAAUGCAUUAUACAGAUGCAAGGGAACUCCACCACUAUUUUGAACCCCAAGAACCCAAAGGAACCACCCAAAUCUUUCAGCUUUGACUACUCAUACUGGUCUCACACCUCACCGGAUGACCCUUGCUUUGCAUCACAGAGCCUUGUGUACAAUGACAUUGGGGAGGAGAUGUUGCAGCAUGCUUUUGAGGGAUAUAAUGUCUGUAUUUUCGCCUACGGCCAAACCGGAGCUGGCAAGUCCUACACCAUGAUGGGAAAGCAAGAGGAAGGACAGGAAGGCAUUAUUCCUCAGCUCUGUGAAGAACUCUUUGAGAAAAUCAAUGACAAUAGCAAUGAGGAGAUCUCGUACUCUGUGGAGGUGGCUUAUAUGGAGAUAUACUGUGAGCGGGUGAGGGACCUGCUAAACCCUAAGAAUAAAGGGAACCUGCGUGUCAGGGAACAUCCUCUACUUGGGCCGUAUGUUGAAGACCUCUCGAAACUGGCCGUCACGUCUUACACAGACAUAGCUGACCUCAUGGAUGCUGGUAACAAAGCCAGAACUGUUGCCGCCACCAACAUGAAUGAGACAAGCAGCCGCUCUCACGCAGUCUUCACUAUUGUUUUUACGCAGAGGAAGUAUGACAGCAAGACAGACCUGUCCACAGAGAAGGUCAGCAAAAUCAGCCUGGUGGAUCUGGCAGGAAGUGAGCGUGCUGACUCAACAGGGGCCAAAGGAACCAGACUGAAGGAGGGAGCAAACAUCAAUAAAUCUUUAACUACACUAGGAAAGGUUAUUUCAGCGCUGGCUGAGGUGAGCAAGAAGAAAAAGAAGACGGACUUCAUUCCUUACCGAGACUCAGUGUUGACAUGGCUGCUAAGAGAGAAUUUAGGAGGGAACUCGAGGACAGCUAUGGUGGCCGCCCUGAGUCCUGCUGACAUUAACUAUGAUGAAACUCUCAGCACACUCCGAUAUGCAGACAGAGCCAAGCAAAUCAAAUGCAACGCUGUCAUCAACGAGGACCCCAAUGCCAAACUGGUGCGGGAGCUGAAGGACGAGGUGACACGUCUAAAGGAGCUGCUCCAUGCCCAGGGGCUUGGGGACAUUCUGGACACACCUAUGAGCUGCCUGACAGCCUCUCCAUCUUCAGGCUCUCUGUGCAGCCAGGCAGGGCUCCAGUCCGUCUCAAGCAUCCAGGAGCGCAUCAUGUCCACGCCGGGCCAGCGCAUCUCACAGAAACCAGAGUCAGAGAAGAUCAUAGCCGAGCUGAAUGAGACCUGGGAGGAGAAGCUGAGGAAGACUGAGGCCAUCCGUAUGGAGAGAGAGGCACUGCUGGCAGAGAUGGGAGUGGCCAUACGGGAGGACGGGGGAACCCUGGGUGUCUUCUCUCCUAAAAAGAUUGGUCCUGAUAGACCAACGUCACUGUCUAUUGAGGACUUUAGUGUUUAUUCUUCUAAUCAGCUUUACGUUGAAAGGCCCUGUGAACUCUAUACUGACUUUAAUGGGGUGUUUUCACCCAAAAAGNCCCCUCACCUGGUGAACCUGAAUGAGGAUCCUUUGAUGUCAGAAUGUCUGCUUUAUUAUAUCAAAGAUGGAAUAACAAGGGUGGGCCAAGCAGAUGCAGAAAGAAGACAGGAUAUUGUUCUAAGUGGAGCGCACAUCAAAGAGGAGCACUGUAUCUUCCGCAGUGAGAGGAAUGCCAACGGAGAUGUGAUUGUCAUGUUGGAGCCAUGUGAGGGAUCUGAAACAUAUGUGAAUGGAAAACGUGUGAUUUCUGCAGUCCAACUGCGCUCAGGUAACCGCAUUAUCAUGGGAAAGAACCACGUGUUCCGGUUUAACCACCCUGAGCAGGCUCGCGCUGAGCGUGAGAAGACACCAUCAGCAGAGACCCCCGUAGAGCCAGUGGACUGGACAUUCGCCCAAAGAGAACUUCUGGAGAAACAGGGUAUCGACAUGAAGCAAGAGAUGGAGAAGAGGCUUACAGAAAUGGAGAUCCUGUACAAAAAAGAGAAGGAAGAAGCGGACCAGCUGCUUGAGCAACAGAGACUGGUAUAUGAGAGUAAACUGCAAGAGCUGCAGAAACAGGUGGAGACUCGCUCACUGGCUGCAGAGACCCCAGAUGAAGAGGAAGAAGAAGAGGAGGAGGAUGAAGUGCCCUGGACCCAACAUGAGUAUGAGCUGGCCCAGUGGGCUUUCAGGAAGUGGAGAUACCACCAGUUCACCUCCCUCAGAGACCAGCUGUGGGGCAAUGCUGUAUACCUCAAAGAAGCCAAUGCCAUUAGUGUGGAGCUCAAGAAAAAGGUCCAGUUCCAGUUUGUCUUACUCACGGACACCCUCUACUCUCCAUUGCCCCCGGAGCUGCUGCCUCCAGAACCAGAGAAAGAGCAUGACACUAGGCCUUUCCCUCGAACGGUGGUGGCUGUGGAGGUUCAGGACUUGAAGAACGGAGCCACUCACUAUUGGUCCCUGGAGAAGCUCAAGCAGAGGCUGGACCAGAUGCGAGAGAUGUACGACCGUGCAGGCGAGAUGGCCUCGUCCAAUCCGAGUGAGGAUGGGGAGGGUGCUUUGACCGGCAGUGACCCGUUCUAUGACCGCUUCCAUUGGUUCAAGUUGGUUGGGAGCUCACCUAUUUUUCACGGCUGUGUGAACGAGCGUCUGGCCGACCGCACUCCCUCGCCCACCUUCUCCACCACCGAUUCUGAGAUUACUGAGCUGGCCGAUGAAAGGCAGAGCGAGAUGGAGGACUUCAUGGAUGACGAGGCUUUAGUGGACGACACCAGCUCAGAUGCUGGGACCGAGGAAGGCUCUGACAUCUUCAGCGAUGGGCAGGACCCCUUCUAUGACCGUUCCCCGUGGUUCAUCCUGGUGGGCAGAGCCUUCGUGUACCUGAGUAACCUGCUGUAUCCUGUGCCUCUGGUGCACCGUGUCGCUAUAGUAACAGAGAAGGGAGAAGUUCGAGGAUUCUUGCGAGUGGGGGUCCAAGCCAUCGCUGCCGAUGAAGAGGCUCCUGAUUAUGGAUCUGGUGUGCGUCAGUCGGGCACUGCUAAAAUUUCUUUUGACAAUGAGUACUUUAAAAAGAGUGAUUUCUCCUCUGUGGUCAUGACCCGCUCUGGCCUCUCUUUGGAAGAGCUGCGUAUUGUGGAAGGUCAAGGUCAGAGUUCGGAGGUCAUCACCCCUUCAGAGGAGAUGAACAGAAUAAAUGACAUGGACUUAAAGCUUGGGAACGUGGACACCAAACUGGGUGACAGUUUGGCAGAGCAUCUGGAAGUGGGCAGUAUUUUCACUUUCCGCGUCACCGUUCUGCAGGCGAGCAGCAUCCCGCCCGAGUAUGCAGACAUCUUCUGCCAAUUCAAUUUCCUCCAUCGUCACGAUGAGGCGUUCAGCACAGAGCCCCUGAAGAACACAGGCAAAGGUGCCCCGCUGGGCUUUUACCACGUACAGAAUAUCUCAGUGGAGGUGACGGAGUCCUUUAUUGAGUACAUAAAGACAAAGCCAGUUGUGUUUGAAGUGUUUGGCCAUUACCAACAGCACCCACUGCACAUCUAUGGACAGGAAGUAGUCAGCCCUUCUCAGCCUUCCAGAAAGUACUACACCCCACCUAUGCCUUUGUCUAAACCAGUGCCAGCCACCAAACUGAACACCAUCAGCAAGUCUAACCUGGGUCAGUGUGUGAGCAAGUAUGACCUGCUGGCCUGGUUCGAGAUCAGUGAACUGGAGCCCACUGGAGAUUAUAUCCCAGCAGUAGUAGAUCACUCAGGAGGUCUUCCCUGUCAUGGCACAUACCUAUUGCACCAGGGCAUUCAGCGUAGAAUAACAGUCACUCUGAUCCACGAGAAGGGCAGUGAGCUGCAUUGGAAAGAUGUCAGAGAGCUGGUGGUUGGUCGAAUCAGGAAUAAGCCAGAAGUGGAUGAUUCGGCUGCAGACGCAGUCCUGUCUCUCAACAUCAUCUCCGCUAAAAACUUGAAAUCUUCUCACAACACCAGCAGGACGUUCUACCGGUUCGAGGCUGUCUGGGACAGCUCCCUGCACAACUCUCUCCUACUGAACCGUGUCACUCCCUACGGAGAGAAGAUUUACAUGACCCUGUCAGCCUAUCUGGAGCUUGAUCACUGCAUCCAGCCUGCCAUCAUUACCAAGGACAUCUGCAUGGUCUUCUACUCCAGAGAUGCUAAGAUCUCUCCUCCACGCUCCCUGAGGAACCUGUUCGGCAGUGGUUACUCCAAAACCCCUGACUGUAAUAAAGUGACUGGAAUCUAUGAGCUUAGCUUGUGCAAAAUAGCUGACACAGGAAGCCCAGGUAUGCAGCGACGGAGACGGAAGGUUCUGGAUACAUCUGUGGCGUAUGUGCGUGGAGAGGAGAACCUGGCAGGCUGGAGACCCCGAGGAGACAGUCUGAUCCUGGAGCACCAGUGGGAGCUGGAGAAACUCGAGCAGUUGCAUGAGGUGGAGAAGACGCGUCACCUGCUGCUGCUCCGUGAGAAACUGGGUGAGACGGCUCCUCCUAAAUCCCCGAGCGACUCUCUGUCUCCCAGUCUGAGCAGCGGCACCCUCAGCACCUCCACCAGCAUCUCCUCCCAGAUCUCCUCCACCACCUUUGAGAGCGCCAUCACACCCAGUGAGAGUAGCGGAUAUGACUCCACAGACAUCGAGAGCUUGGUAGACCGCGAGAAGGAGCUGGCCACUAAGUGCCUCCGGCUCCUGACACACACUUUCAACAGUGAAUACAACCAGAUGUGCAACAGCAUCAGUGACUGCAAGUUGUCGGAUAUCUCUCCUAUGGGCCGUGACCCAUCCGUCACCAGUUUCAGCAGUGCUACUCUCACACCCUCCUCCACCUGCCCCUCUUUGUCAGACUCUCGGACCCCUGAAGCUAACUCUUGUGCCACCAGCCCCUCAUGCUCAGACUAUGAGAACUUCCCCAUGGUGCCCAUUCUGGAAACGUCCUACCUGGCCCGCGCCAGCAAACACGAGUUCCUCAACCUUGUGCCUGAUAUUGAGGAAAUGAGACCUGGGUCUGUGGUAUCAAAGAAGGGAUUCCUCAGUUUCAUGGAGUCCCGUUCCAACUCCUGGGUGAAGCACUUUGUGGUGGUUCGACGGCCAUACGUGUUCAUCUACAACAAUGACAAGGACCCAGUAGAGAGGGGAGUGCUGAAUUUAUCCACUGCCCAGGUGGAAUACAGUGAAGACCAGCAGGCCAUGCUCAAGACACCUAAUACAUUCGCCGUGUGCACCAAGCACAGAGGGAUCCUCCUCCAGGCCAACAAUGACAAAGACAUGAACGACUGGCUGUACGCCUUUAACCCACUGCUAGCAGGAACAAUAAGGUCCAAGCUGGCGAGGAGACGGUCCAGUCUGAUGAAGAACUGAACGAGUGUACACACGCACAGAGAUAGUGCUCAUUUCUCUUCGUCUACCUUUACAACGUACCAAGUGUGUUAACACUUCUAAAUCUUUGUGGUUCUUGACGGUUUCGCUUGUAUGUAGACCUGUGGCUCUCUUCUCCUCUCCACAAAUGAACUUUCAGUUCCUAAACACCAACUGUCCCCCCCUCCCUCCCUCCCCUCUCUAUUGUGUUAUUGAUUGGAUUUAUUCUGUCUUCAGUUUUGUUCUCUGUCAUAACUGAACCUCCUUCAAGUAGCAUGUUGUAAUAGUCUGUUUGUGUGUGCACGAAUCUUCAGAGCAGGUUCUGCUUUCUCUUGAGUUACUCUCGUCUGGAAACAUCAUCCUUACAGUGUUGUCUGCCAGGAACAUCUUACCCUCAGGACAAAGUUGGUUUGAGUAAAUGAAUAAAUAUAUUAAU